GGCUGUUCCCAGCCAGUUAGCUAGACACUGGAAACAAAUGUAGCCACCCCUCGCCUGCACUGUGGCCUAACCCACCCCACGCCCCAAAGUAAAGUUACUUAGUAGCCGGGCUCUCCAGAUAGCGCGCGUUUUAUUUUAUUCGGAGUAUCUGUCGGGACCUGAAAUUAUCUCAUGUAUCCCGAUUUGCUCGUUGUCUGGCUCCCAGUAGCCCCUCGGCUCCUGCUAGUUUCUGACGUGCUGUGACAUAGGUGCUCAGCAAAUAUUUAACCUCUGAUUACCGCGUAAAGGACCGACUUCACGGGCUGGAAAAUAAGUCAGGACCGAGCCCCGAAAAGUUGGAAGUUGCGGGAACAGCAUCUCCGGCUCAUCACCUAUGCAUCUCUCUGCAGCAAAAUUACUGGAGACCUUGAGCGAGUACGAAAUCGCGUCUCCCGUGCGAGUGGACGCGGGCGGAGAACCUCUUCCCACAGACGUGCACUUCAAAAGAAGGCGACGGAGCGUGGACUCGGCCUCUGACCCCGGGCCCGCCUCCGCCUCCUCUUCCUCUACAUCCUCCCAGGAGCAUUACCGCCUCUCCGCCUUCGGCCAACACUUUCUAUUUAACCUCACCGCCCAGGCCGGAUUUAUCGCUCCUCUGUUCACUGUCACUCUCCUCGGGGCGCCCGGGGUGAACCAGACCAAGCUUUAUUCCGAGGAGGAAACGGAACUCAAGCACUGUUUCUACGCGGGCCACGUCAACACCGAGACGGCGCACACGGCCGUCCUCAGCCUCUGCUCGGGAAUGCUGGGCACAUUCCGGUCCCAUGAUGGAGAUUAUUUUAUUGAACCACUGUUGUCCAUGGAUGAACAAGAGAAGGAAGAGGAGCAAAACAAACCCCACAUUAUUUAUAGGCGCAGCCUCCCCCAGCAGGAGCCCUCAGCAGGAAAGCAUGCCUGUGGCACCUCAGAACACAGAAGCAGCCACGGGAGAGACAGGAGGAAAAGCAGCAGGAGGAAGUGGGGAGGGGCGAGCAGGCUGGCGGAGGACGUGGCGGCCCUGCAGCGUGGGUUGGCAGCCAAGUUGCCCGCCACUCUUGAGAACCAGACCGGCGCCCCGAGGGACCCGAGGACCCGCAGGAGGACCAAGCGCUUCUUGUCCUACCCCCGUUUUGUGGAGGUGAUGGUGGUGGUGGACAACAAGAUGGUCCUGUACCACGGGGCGAACCUUCAGCACUAUGUUCUGACCUUGAUGGCCAUUGUAGCCUCUCUCUAUAAAGACCCCAGUAUUGGAAAUUUAAUUAACAUUGUUAUUGUGAACUUAGUUGUGAUUCAUGAUGAACAGGAAGGACCUCCCAUAUCUUUCAAUGCCCAGACGACACUGAAAAACUUCUGCCAGUGGCAGCACUCGCAGAACUCCCCCGGGGGGAUCCGGCACGACACUGCUGUGCUCAUCACGAGGCAGGACAUCUGCAGAGCUCACGACAAGUGCGACACCUUAGUAAAUCCUUGUUGUUCUUACCCCCUUCUGAUAGGUCUUGCUGAGCUGGGAACCAUUUGUGAUCCCUACAGGAGCUGCUCUAUUAGUGAAGACAGUGGACUGAGUACAGCUUUUACAAUUGCCCAUGAACUGGGCCAUGUGUUUAACAUGCCUCACGACGACAGCAAUAAAUGCAGAGAAGAGGGCGUGAAGAGCACCCAGCACGUCAUGGCGCCUACCCUGACCGUGGACACCAACCCCUGGCUGUGGUCAAAGUGUAGUCGGAAAUACAUCACUGAGUUUUUAGACACUGGCUAUGGUGAAUGUUUGCUUAAUGAACCUGAAUCCAGACCCUACUCUUUGCCUCCCCAACUGCCAGGCCUCUUUUACAGUGUGAAUAAACAAUGUGAAUUCAUAUUUGGACCAGGAGCUGAGUUGUGCCCGUACAUGCAGGUGCAGUGUAGACGGCUGUGGUGCAACGUGAAGAGGAAGGACCGAGCCUGCCAGACACAGCACACGCCCUGGGCUGAUGGGACGGAGUGUGAGCCCGGGAAGCACUGCAAGUUUGGGUUUUGUGUUCCCAAAGAAAUGGAGGGCCCCGCGGUUGACGGAUCCUGGGGAAGCUGGAGUCCCUAUGGCGCCUGCUCCAGAACUUGUGGCGGGGGCAUCAAGAUGGCCAUUCGCGAGUGCAACCGACCGGAGCCAAAAAAUGGUGGAAAAUACUGUGUCGGGCGCCGAAUGAAAUUCAAGUCCUGCAACAUGGAGCCGUGUCUCAAGCAGAAGCGCGACUUCCGCGAUGAACAGUGCGCUCACUUUGACGGGAAGCACUUUAACAUCAACGGUCUGCUCCCCACCGUGCGCUGGGUCCCCAAGUACAGCGGAAUUUUGAUGAAAGACCGAUGUAAGUUGUUCUGCAGAGUGGCAGGGAGCACAGCCUACUAUCAACUCCGGGACAGAGUGGUGGACGGAACUCCCUGUGGCCAGGAUACCAAUGAUAUCUGUGUCCAGGGCCUUUGCCGGCAAGCUGGAUGCGAUCAUGUUUUAAACUCAAAAGCCCGGCGAGAUAAGUGUGGAGUUUGUGGUGGUGAUAAUUCUUCAUGCAAAACUGUGGCGGGAACGUUUAAUACUGUACAUUAUGGUUACAAUGCCGUGGUCCGAAUCCCAGCUGGUGCUACCAAUAUAGAUGUGCGGCAGCACAGUUUCUCAGGGAAGUCAGAGGAUGACAACUACCUGGCUUUGUCAAACAGUAAAGGUGAAUUCUUGCUGAACGGGGACUUCGUUGUCACAAUGUCCAAAAGGGAAAUCCGUGUUGGGAACGCGAUGAUUGAGUACAGCGGGUCUGACAACGUAGUGGAAAGAAUUAACUCCACUGACCGCAUGGACCAAGAGCUUCUGCUUCAGGUCCUGUCAGUGGGGAAGUUAUACAACCCCGACGUGCGCUACUCGUUCAACGUCCCGAUCGAAGGCAGACUGCAGCAGUUCUACUGGAACAGCCAUGGGCCCUGGCAGGCCUGCAGCAAGCCCUGCCAAGGGGAGCGGAAACGAAAGCCUGUUUGCACCAGGGAAUCUGACCAGCUUCCUGUUUCUGAUCAAAGAUGUGAUCGGCUGCCUCAGCCAGAACCCAUCACAGAGGCCUGCAGCACAGACUGUGACCUGAGGUGGCACGUGGGUGGCAGGAGCGAAUGCAGUGCCCAGUGUGGGCUGGGCUACCGCACACUGGACAUCUACUGUGCCAAGUACAGCAGGCUGGACGGGAAGGUGGAGAAGGUGGACGACGGUUUUUGCAGCAAUCACCCCAAACCAACCAACCAGGAAAAGUGCUCAGGAGAAUGUAACAUGGGGGUCUGGCGCUACUCGGCGUGGACUGAAUGUUCUAAAAGCUGUGAUGGCGGAAGCCAGAGGAGACGGGCCAUUUGUGUGAACUCCCGAAAUGAUGUCCUGGAUGACAGCAAAUGCGCCCACCAGGAAAAAGUCACCACUCAGAGAUGCAACGAACUCCCCUGUCCACAGUGGAAGUCAGGAGACUGGUCAGAGUGCUUGGUCACCUGCGGGAAGGGGCGCAGGCACCGGCAGGUCUGGUGUCAGUUCGGUGAAGAUCAUGCGAGCGAUAAAAUCUGCAACCCUGAGGCCAAGCCGGCUUCCACGCAACCCUGUCAGCAGUCGGAAUGCGCAUCCUGGCAGGCCGGGCCCUGGGGACAGUGCAGUGUCACCUGUGGACAGGGCUACCAGCUGAGAGCAGUGAAGUGUGUCCUGGGGACCUACAUGGCAGUGCUGGACGACAGUGACUGCAAUGCAGCCACGAGACCGACUGACACCCAGGACUGUGAAGCGGCACCUUGUCAGCCUCCCCCGGCGGCCCCGGGAUCACGGAGGAGCUCCCACGGCACGCCAAGGACACAGUGGCGCUUUGGGUCUUGGACUCCGUGCUCGGCCACCUGUGGAAAAGGCACCCGCAUGAGGUACGUCAGCUGCCGGGGCGAGGACGGCUCCGUCGCCCACGAGGACGCCUGCACCAGCCUGCCCAGACCUGCGGCCAGUGAGGAGUGCGCCGUGACACCCUGUGGGCAGUGGAAGGCUUCGGACUGGAGUGUGUGCUCCGUGACGUGUGGGCAGGGGCGGGCAACGCGGCAAGUGGUGUGUGUCAACUACAGUGACCACGUCGUCAGUCAGAGUGAGUGCGACCUGGAUUACAUCCCGGAGACCCACCAGGACUGCUCCCUGUCACCCUGCCCACGGUGGACCCCCGACAGAGGCCUGGCUUCGUACCCUUUCCAAAACGAGGACUUCCGGCCCAGGGGCGCCAGCCCAAGCCGCACCCAUGUGCUGGGUGGAAACCAGUGGAGAACGGGCCCUUGGGGUGCGUGUUCCAGCACCUGUGCAGGCGGCUCCCAGCGGCGGGUUGUGGUGUGUCAGGACGAGAACGGGUACCCAGCGCGGGACUGCGUGGAGAGAAUCAAACCCGAUGAGCAGAGAGCCUGUGAGGCUGGCCCAUGUCCUCAGUGGGUGUUUGGCAGCUGGGGCGAGUGCUCCAAGCCUUGCGGGGGAGGCGUGCGCACCAGGCUGGUGCUGUGCCAGCGGGCCAGCGGUGAGCGCUUCCCGGACCUGAGCUGCGACGUCCUGGAGAAGCCCCUGGACCGCGAGCAGUGCGGUGCGCACUCUUGUCCCGACGGCGCCUGGAGCGCUGGCCCGUGGAGCCCGUGUUCUGUCUCUUGUGGUCGAGGGCAUAAGCAACGAAAUGUUUACUGCAUGGCAAAAGAUGGAAGCCAUUUAGAAAGUGAUUUCUGUGAGCACCUUGCUAAGCCACAUGGGCACAGAAGGUGCCGCGGAGGACGGUGCCCCAGAUGGAAGGCUGGCGCAUGGAGUCAGUGCUCUGUGUCCUGUGGCCGAGGUGUACAGCAGCGGCAUGUGGCCUGUCACAUCGGAACACAGAAAGCAGCCAGAGAGAGCGAGUGCAACUCGGUCAGCAGACCAGAGGCAGAGCGCGACUGCCAAGCCCCACCAUGCCCCCUCCGCACUUGGAGGGCAGAGCAAUGGCAAGAAUGCUCCAAGACCUGUGGCGAGGGCUCCCGGUUCCGCCGAGUGGUGUGCGUGGACGAGGACCAGGGCGAGCUUCACAGCGCUCUUUGUAGCACCAGCCAGCGGCCCCCGGACCGAGAGAGCUGCAGCUUGCAGCCCUGCGAGUAUGUCUGGAUCACGGGAGAGUGGUCGGAGUGCUCAGUGACCUGCGGAAAGGGCUACAAACAACGGCUGGUCUCCUGCAGCGAGAUUUACACCGGGAAGGAGAACUACGAGUACAGCUACCAAACCACAGUCCACUGUCCGGGCACACAGCCGCCCAGUGUCCAGCCCUGCUACCUGCAGGAGUGUCCCGUCCUGGCCACCUGGAGGGUUGGCAACUGGGGGAGCUGCUCCGUGUCUUGUGGCGUUGGAGAGAUGCACAGGUCCGUGCAGUGUUUAACCAAUGAGGACCAACCCAGCCACUUGUGUCCAGCUGACUUGAAACCAGAAGAACAGAAAACCUGCCACAGUGCUUACAACUGUGAGGUGCCUCAGAACUGCAAGGAAGUCAGAGACCUCAGCGGAGCCAGUGAAGACGGGGAAUAUGUCCUGAUCGUUAGAGGAAAGCUCCUAAAGAUAUUCUGUGCGGGAAUGCAGUCCAGCCACCCCAAGGAAUAUGUGAGCCUCAUUCACGGGGACUCGGAGAAUUUCUCCGAGGUUUACGGGCACAGGUUGCACAACCCAACAGAAUGCCCCUACAACGGGAGCCGCCGAGAUGACUGCCGGUGCCGGAAGGACUACACGGCAGCGGGGCUCUCCAGCUUCCAGAAAAUCAGGAUCGACCUGGGCAGCAUGCAGAUCAUAACUACAGACUUACAGUUUGCAAGGACAAGUGAAGGACAUCCUGUCCCUUUUGCCACCGCCGGGGACUGCUACAGUGCUGCCAAGUGUCCGCAGGGUCGCUUCAGCAUCAACCUGGACGGGACCGGCCUGUCCGUGACCGAGUCGGCCAGGUGGAUAUCGCAAGGGAAUUACGCUGUGUCGGACAUCAAGAGGGCCCCGGACGGCACCCGUGUCGUGGGGAAAUGUGGCGGCUACUGUGGGAAGUGCACACCGUCCUCGGGCACCGGCCUGGAGGUGCGGGUACUGUAGUGAGGUGGCUCUGGAGAGGAAGCACAAAGGGCUGGAUGAAGGAUCGUGAUGCAAUAUACCUCCGCCUUAUGUGGGGUGCGUGUGCGUGUGCGAGGCCACGUGUGCGUGUGCGUGAGUGUGUGCGUGCAAGUAUGUACAUAUGCACAUAUAUAAAUACAUUUUUACACAGGUUGAGCGCCCCUGAUCCACAAAUCUGAAGUCUAAAAUGCUGCAAAACAACACAAUACUAUAAGCAGAAUAUUCCGCAUCGUGGAACUUUGUUUUGGGAGCAAAAUCAUGCAAAAUACUGUAUAAAAUCACCAUCAGGCUGUAUGUAUCAGGUGCAUGUGAAACGUCAGUGGACUCUGCUUAGACCUGGGUCCCGUCCCCAUGAUUUCUCACUGCAUGUUUGCAAAUAUUACAGAAUCUAAGAAAACCCCAGCUCUGAAAUACUGCUCAGCCCAAGCAUUUUGGAUAAGGGGCACUCAACCUGUGAAAUAUCCUCAUGAUGUAAAAUUUAAUAUUUAUGUUUGAAAUUAUUUAUUGUGCUGUAAUAUUUUUGUACGUAAAAUGAUUUUAUUGUGACUGCCUUUGCGUUAUUUUGUCCCUUGCAGUCCAACCACUGCAUUUUACGUACUCUACGUUAUAUGUAGUCUCAUGACAAAAGUGGUCCUUCGUUAUCACGGUACACUGUUGUUUACUUUUUAUCUGUAAAUGUUUUACUGCUACUUUUCUUAAAUUGUAUUUUGUUUUUUAAAACAACCUAGCCAUCAUCAAGGUGCUACGAGAGUCAUACAAGGGUAUUUUUGGCAUUCCUAGGAGAAUAUCGUUAGCCAAUAAGUAAGAUAGUGAUUCCACAAACUUACCAACUAUGAAUUGUAUUAAGUAUCUAUUCCAUUUCAUGAGAUCUCUGGGAACAAAAUGCUGCCUUGGUGCUAAUAUUGUAUGUAUUUAAGUGAUUUCCAGGCUCAAAAAUGCAAACACUUAAUAGAAAGGGAAGGGAGGGGCAGUUUCCAGUGGACACAGCCCUAUAGUGCGAGAACUGCUGUUCACUCUUGCUUCUGGACACACCGUUCUGGAGGAGCUGGACUUCUUUCUUGCCGUUUCUGUUGCCCAUGUGCCUGCUCAGCCAGUGGUGCCUUGGUCCCCUGCCAUCCAGGAGGGUUCCACCCCUGCUUCCUUACAGAGCAGCACUGGGAAUGUGAGAUCUCAUGGUUUUGUCACCAGCACAUCCAGUAGCGAGACAGAGGAGCGCAGCAUGGUGGUGGCCUUCGGCACCCUCAGAAACCCGGAGAAGUGGAACAUCAGCUUCUGUGUCAUCGGCGUGGCCUUUUGCUGGAAGACAUUGACCAGUGACAUACUUUCCCCUCAGGCCAUAAGCCCCCGACCCUGCCAGUUUUCCUGUCCUCGCAGGUCGUGUGUGAAGAAAUGAACUGUGGCCUUCAAGGUGCCUGAGUCCUUCUGAUCUUCCAUGAACCCACUUUUUUUUUUAACUUCUUUCCUGCACGGAAGUGCUGAAGUUGUGAUCUUUCUGCUGAUUGGAGGGAAUCCUUUGCCAGUGGCCACGGAGACACUUGGGUCUGAGCAAUCCUGUCCACUUCGAGAGACCGAAGAGAUGAGGAAAACCUUGCCACACUCUGCAACUCCAGAGCGCUCCAGGAAAAGCAGACUCGAUGUAUGAAUACUUGUUAUUCUCCAUUAUUAAUACAUUGUGAGAACAUACUACAAAUAAAUACCAUGACCACAUCCAAA